CGGAGAACUAGUUGAUAUGGGCUUCAGUUUAACUCUGAUGUCGACAGGAACGUAUUUAAUUUAAGACAGUCGGUAUACACUAUUGUUAAACAUUUUUGUAGCAGAUUAUAUAGUAAAUAUUUUCUAUUAAGCGUUAGUACGAUUUCUUUUCUCAUAUUUGCGUAGAUUUUUUUCUACGAGCUAACAGUAACUAACUGGUUAGCUCUGGCAAAAUGGCGGCGAAUGCGGCUCAACAAGCCCCGACACAAAACUGGCCGUAUGGUAAUAAUUCAAGUGGUGAAGGCCCAGUCCACGAGAACCCAGAAUGGGAAAAGGCCCGACAGGCUCUAGCAUCCAUCAGUAAAAGUCAAAACUCUACCAAACCUUCAACUAAUCAAACCACACAACAGGCUGGACAGUAUCAGGCAGCAGUUACAGACUCCUCUGCAAUGCAGCAGCAGCAGUAUUAUCAGCAGUGGUAUCAACAGAACCAACAGCAGUAUGCUGGUUACCCUUAUCCUUAUAACUACUACUACCCCAUGCCUCCGUAUGGUGGUCCAUAUCCUCCAGGACAGUAUGGUGUACCCGGGGGCUACCAGACACCCACUACCCCUACUGGACAGGCCCCCUCCAUGCCUACAAUGGAGGAUCAGUCCUCAAAUUAUCCCCCCCAACCUCCUCCUCCUGCAACCCCUCAACCCCCCCCUCAAAGUCCUACGUCCAGUGACCAGCCCCCACCCCCUCCUCCACCCCCCAUACCUCCCCAACCCAAUGCCCAGUACCCCCGUCCACCAUCCCAAACCCCCUACAGCCCUAAUGGUGUCCUGCCAUACAGCCCUACAGAUUCAAACCCUAUGAUGCGGGGAUACAAUCCAGGGCAGAUCCGGCCAGGGUACCAGGGUUACCAGACUCCAGUAUAUCAGCCCCAUCAGCAGCAGGCUCCAGCACCAGGCCUGUACGGAGGCGCAGGCAGGGUGGAUGCUAAAAAACCUAACAAUAGCAAUAUGAAUAAAGGUGGCCAGCAGCUGUGGCAGCGCAUGAAACAGGCACCAGGAACGGGCGCUGUUAAAUUUAAUAUACCCAAACGCCCUUACGUCAUGUCCAACCAAAACUUCCCGCCAGGUGAGCAGGGCCCUGGAUUGGCUCCCCCCACUGCAACCAACCCAUCAUCUGGCUCUACUAGUGCAACAUCCAGUGCUUCAACGGGAGGUGCCCAAACACGGCCUCAAGAUUGGCCACAGGCCAUGAAAGAGUAUGUACAACGCUGCUUUACAGCCUGUGAAUCUGAAGAGGAUAAAGAUCGUACUGAAAAGAUGCUGAAAGAUCUUCUGCAGUCCAGAUUACAGGACGGCUCUGCUUACACUAUUGACUGGAACAGAGAACCACUGCCAGAUCUAAAGCCAAAACCAUCUCGCUGGGAGGUGAUGCCUCAACUUUCUCAGGAAAAUAGUAUUGGAAGGGGUGGAGCCACACGUGGCAGGGGCGGAGCCAGGCUGGGUAACUAUAGAAAUGUCUUUUCUCAAAGAAGUCCCUCUUCCAGCUCCUCUGGGUCAUCCCGCUCCUCUUCACGAUCGCCUUCCCCUCACAGCCGACACAGGGACAGGAGUAGACAUCACCGCAGUGACUCUGGCUCACAGUCAGACGGCAGCAUGUCGAGUGAUCUUCGACUCUCAUUGACCCGCAGGCAGCAAAAGGGUGGCAGAGGCCGCGGGGCAGAAAGAGAGAGAGGCAGAGGAGCUGCUGGGGAGAGAGGCAGAGGAAGAGGCAAAGCAAACAGAGGGCGGAGGAAUAUGGAAGACCUAGCCAGUGGCGUUGGUAAAAAACGUAAAGGCGGUAAUGCAGGCCUUGACUUUCACGACCCAAAUCGUGAAGCAAAGAAACAGAGCCGUGCAGCACGCUUCCACACUAAACUACGCACUGAGCCCCUGGUGUUAAACAUCAAUGUUUUUGACCUCCCCAACGGUACCCAAGAGGGAUUAAGUUGGGAUGACUGCCCCAUAGUUGGCACCUGCCAGGACAUCACAAAAAACUACCUCCGUCUCACCUGUGCCCCAGAUCCUUCAACCGUCAGGCCUGUACCUGUGUUGCGAAAAUCCUUGAUUGCAGUAAAGGCUCAUUGGAAAAGCAAUCAGGACUACGUCUACGCAUGUGAACAAAUGAAAUCCAUAAGACAGGAUCUAACUGUGCAAGGUGUACGUACAGACUUUACAGUGGAGGUGUAUGAGACGCAUGCUCGCAUUGCUCUGGAAAAGGGCGACCAUGAGGAGUUCAACCAGUGUCAAACACAGCUGAAGGCGCUGUAUAAAGACUGUCCAUCAGACAACGUUGGAGAAUUCACUGCCUACAGACUUAUCUACUACAUCUUUACUAAGAACUCUGGAGACCUGACUACUGAGCUUGUGUAUCUUACCACUGAGCUCCGUGCUGAUCCUUGUGUAGCUCAUGCUCUUGAGCUCCGUACGGCCUGGGCGCUGGGCAACUUCCACCGAUUUUUCCGACUAUAUCAGAAAGCUCCACGCAUGGCUGCUUACCUUAUCGACAAGUUUGUGGAGCGUGAAAGAAAUAUAGCUCUGAGGGCCAUUCUUAAAUCGUUCAGGCCCUCUGUGUCGGUGGAGUAUGUUCAGUCCAGCUUGGCCUUCCCAGAUUUAGACACAUGUUUAGCAUUUCUAACAGGGCUAGGAAUAUCAUUCACCCCCUCUGACCCAAGCAAAAUAGACUGUAAAGUUAGUUCAGCUAGUCUUACAACCUCAUAGUAGUGGGGAAGGGUUGGGGAGACCACCGAAUGUACAUUUAUAGAGCUUAUAUAGACAGAUUGUAGAAAAGCCACCAGAUAUCUACACAGUAAACAAGCACUCAGAUUCUAGAGCUGAUCAUAUUUAUAAAGAUAUCUCAGAUCUAUUUAACUCUUGUAGAGUGAUGGACCUUCUGACAGAUGGACAGUCGAUACAUCCACACACAGGGACUUAGUGGCCAUUUGAAGACUUAGAAUAACCAAUUCACAAAACCCAUUUAGUCAAGCAUCAGGCAACCAAGUACUUGAAGAAUUUCCCCCACACCAAAAGAUAAACGGGGCAAAGAUUAGCUGGGGUCAGGUCACCAGGACACAUCAUAGAUGGAGCUCAUAAAGCAUUUUCAAGCUAACAGUGUUGUGUGUUCUCAUGUUUCUCUCCUCUUAAGCAAACGGCCUCAAAGCUCAAGACGUGAAAGCUUCGUGGUUAAUGCUGGAAAUAGUCUGAGCCAACUGCUUUACCAGCUCACGGCAGUGCAAAGACAAAGAAUCCUUCUGCAAGAUCUGUAAUGGACUUUAAAGCAAAUAGAGCUUUGGUGCAAUCCUUCAAGCAAGAAGAGGAUGGUUUGUAUGCUCCGUUUUCUUUGCCAAGAUGUCUUCAGUAAGUCAGUAGAGAGGCUUCGUUAGAUCUUCCGUCUCCCCUCAUCUUCAACAUCCUAAUGCUGAUAGCAAAUAAUAUUUGGACUGAGUUCUAACAAGAUCACCUUCAGAGAUGCAAGUUAGGCCCUAUUCCACACUAUCACCACUUACACCCCUUUCCCACAGUCUACUGCCCCUUUCUCUCCUACACAUGGCGUGUCAUCACUCAAGAAGCUGGCCUUCAUAAGUCACAUCCUACUAAUCACUCCUCAACACACAGGAAGCACAAGUCAGAGACUCAGUUUUUCCACUUCCCACCACAGCUGUGAGCUGAAUUGGGCCAACAAUGUCCAUGCUCAUCCAGGUCCACCUAGUGCAGUUAAUUCAUCAUUAAGUUUGACCAUCGUCGACUGAAGAGAGAAGUCCCCUCAAGCAUUACCCAUACAAGGUCCCUACGCCCUACUUAACCUCAUUCAGGAGGAAAAGCAAGAUCUGUUUCCCCUAAUGGCAAGAUGGAGUGUGUCUUCCUCCGUUCUCUCAGGCAAUCAUCUCAUUUCUGCAAUGGAUACCUUUGAUCUGCUGGGGUUUGGAAACACAUGGGUUUGUAUGGCACCUUAAGCUUCGGCCACAUCUACUGGUAAUGGCUGGUAAGGAGGACUUGAUGUUUUGAAAUCGUGGUGGAUCUUCGUUCUGCUUGAGUUGAGGUGUUACCAUGAUCAUGCUUGGCUUGUGAGGCUUUAUUCAACCCUGCUGGCAGGUUUUGAGUAUCAUCUCAUUUUACAAAUGAGCCUAAUACAGAACCUUGUUGCACCCCUUUUUGAUUUUUUUUCUUUUGUUGAUUUGGUAUCGAACAAUCUAUAAAAAAAACUGAUUAGAUUUGCUCAAUAUACAUGUUGCGAUGCAGUAUUACAUCUCAGAGAUUCAUAUGGCAUCAUGGCCGUUUAGCUGACAGAGGCAUGAAAAUUUAAGUUGUUACAAAGUUCUUCUAGUCCUUGAUUCCUAAUGGUCUUGCAACCUAAUUAUCACUUUCAUUAAAAAGGAACAAGCUUUUUAAUAUUUUUGCAUCUGAAAAAAUCACAUUUAUUUAAUGAUUUGUUCAUCCAGCAUAGAUCUGAAAUAAGUCUGCUUCUGCAAGCUUUGCUCAGGGUCACUAAGAGGAUCCCAUAUGUGAAACAUGUACAUAUGUAGUCAUGUAAAAAAAAACGUGUAAAGUGAGAUUUAUGUUUUCCAUUUUACUACUUUAGUUUCAUUUUUUGUACAAUGGUAAGUGUCGUUUUGAUCUAUACAGUACAUUUACUGGCAGUUUUUAAACUUUAUUUUUUGAGUGGUGAGCAUGUGCGCACAGAUGAGUGGAUUACUGCAAAUAAGUGGCAUUUUCACAUGUGAUUACAAAUUCUCUCUUUAGACACUCGAUGGGUGAUGUUAGAAAGUAAAACUCAAACUCAUGAAUUGACAAAGUAAUUGCAAGUCUUUCCUGAUUUGUUGUUAAGAAUACUCAACCAUUUAUUUUGUUUUUUAUUAUUAAAGGCAAAUAAAUCGUCACCUACAAGCUUAUCCAACAGUAAGAGUUCCAAUUUGGUUUAAUCGCUAUUUUAACAUGCUUUUUUCCCAUAGAGUUUUGUUUCAUAAUCUGAUGAACGCUUCAUUUUGAAAGUAGGAAAUCUAUGGGUUCAUGUUUUCCUAUUUUAAUGUUGAUUUUGAUUAUAUUAGAGCUUGAUUCUGUUCACAUGCUUGUAUAUGAUUGUACAUUGUAAAUGAUUCACUGAUGCUGUUAUUUGCCACAUUGACGUUGCUCUCCUCUUCUUCUCAACCUUUACCCCUUCCCACCUCUCAUCCUCCUCUGCUCCUGCACUCCUUCAUUACCAGAUUCUCUCUAUCUGUCUUCCUCCUUGCAGUCAUACACAUGGAGCAAAGCAAGAGAUGAAAACAUGAGGGCAAAACUAAUCCAGAGGCACUGGAAAAAUGAGACAUCCAGACAGCGGCCUGCUCGGUCAUCUUUGUGCUUCUUGUCUGAUGCCUUUGUUAUUUUGAGGAGAGCUUGAUUUCAAAUGUGCAAUGUUAUUUCUGCCAAUUCUCAAAACCGUGACGAAAGUGAAGAUGUGUGAAUUGUGUGUUAGGAAUGGCUUUAUCUAGUGUGUAGUGGAAUUGCUUCUGUAUGUUCAGGUAUGUCCUUUAUUUUUUUUUCAGACUUUUUUGUUUAACAGGUUUUUUUCUUUACUGUUAGAUGUAUUUGACUGCUUUUUUUUUUGUUUGUUUGUUUAUUGAUUUUUUUUAAAUUAAUUUUUUUAAUGCUGCUUUAUUUUUUGUAUGACCCGAUUUCUAAUGUUUCCUUUUGGUUGUUUGGUGGACAUACCUGGUCAUACAGAUAUUUACUGACUUUUCAUGUUAACUAAAUGUCGAAAUAAGUUGGCGAAAGUGUUGAAUUUGACUGCAGUUUCUAAUGGUAAUGUUUUGGCUGCCCGUGAUGCUCAUCAAAUGUUAAUCAUCUCAAGUAAUACCACUGGUUUUUGUUUAUUUUUCAUGAACUGUAUUUUUUUAGCUUUUACCGUUGGUGUAUAAUAUCUUCACAGCAGUAUUACUAACAGAUUUCACCCCUCUCCUCAAAUGUUGCCUGUCCUCUUGCAUAUCCUACUUUUCUCUGCUCUUAUUUCUUUUUUUGCUCAUUAUUUGUUGCAUUUAGAUUAGCCUCUGUAAGUGUUCUCUCUGACAUUUGUUUUUUUUUUUUUUUUUUAGCCAUUGACUGCUUUUCCUCAUGUUUUUUUUUCUUUUCUCUCUAUCUCUCUGUCUUCUGUUCUUCCUGCAUGUUGUUCUUCUGUCUCCCUGCUCUUUCCUCUGUAUUGUGUUGUAUUGCAAUAUUGCGAUUGAUUUCUGUGUGCUCAGUGCUUGGCAGUAAGUAUCUCCAACAGGACCGUGCUUGCAACUGUUUUUCUUUUUACAGCUCCGCCUCUCAAAGCCCUAAUGUCUCUGAGCUCAUUUAUACUGAAAAUACUGCCCUUUGUAGAUACUGAACUGUACAUACUGUACCUACUUUCUUAUAUUGGGAAAAAAUAAAGAAUUAAAUCAGA